AUGAAGGAAUGCAUUGCUCCACCGCGAAGGAGGAAAAAGACAGCUCCAAGCCCAUAUAUUCCUGGCGAAGCUAGAACAGUUCAUACACCAUUGUCGCCAACUGUGUCGCAGAGGUCCGUAAUAUCAGACCCUAAGUGCAGGGUCCAGUCGAAUAGCACCGGUGUAACAUCACGAAAACGGAAAAGCGACGCGCGAAGUUUGGAUUCUCAUACCAAUCUAAAAAGACAACGACCUGAUGAAGUCUCCUCACACAAUGUGAAGAAUGCAGUUGGGCGUUGGAUGGACAUGUUACCGCCAAAGGUCCUACAGCAGCUCGAGCUACGUUCUACCAAAGAUAUUCCGAGGCCUCGUCGAGACAUUGAUGGACUCAAUGUGGAACAUUUUCACGACAAAUGUUCUGAAAAGUUGCUCCAGGCUGUUGAUAUCCUGACGGAAGUCAUCAUCAUGCACAAUUCGCUUUCAGCGCACACGGGGUUCUCCAUCCCCAUCGCCGAUCCAGCAACUGAUAGUUGCGCCUCCGAGAAGCAAUUGGAAGCAAAACAGAAAGAAAACAUGGAGUGCUCUCCAUCUAUUUCAGAUCAAAUUGGGGGAGAUAUGUGGGACAUUGAGAACACAGUGGAUGAAAGUUUGGCUUUGACUCCCGAGUCUCUGGAAUAUGUUUCCGAAUCGAAUUUCAAUAUAUGGUUGGAAUUGAACGACUUUGACCUUGAAAAUCCUGUGUUGGGUGUAUAUGAUGCUGAAAAAGCUGGGCCAUAG